AGGUGGGGUCUUAACGAGGCCCACCUCGUCUCGGGCUUCAUGAAAAAGAAAAAAGAAAAAUAUAACCUCCUGAAAAUGAUUAUUGACCAAGAUAGUGGGCUAGAAGAGGUAAUUCGGAGAUCUAAAGCAAUGGAGGAUGACGGCAUUGGGACAUUAAGAGUGAGGUUUGAGAGGGGGUACUUUUGGAUUGUGAAGGUUCUUUGCCGAAAUAUAAUCAAGCUAAUUGAAGUUUACAAUCUGAAAAAAGUGUCAAGGCAAGAGUAUUUGAAGAAAAGAGAGCAGAAGAAAUUAGAAGAACUCAGAGAUGAUAUUGAAGAUGAGCAAUACUUAUUCGACGGUGUCAAGUUGACUGAAGCAGAGCAGCAGGAAUUAAGAUAUAAGAAACAAAUUUAUGAUCUAGUCAAGAAGAGGACAGAAGAAUCUGAUUUUGCCAAUGAGUAUAGGAUGCCUGAUGCAUAUGAUAUGGAUGGUGGUGUCAAUCAAGAAAAAAGAUUUGCGGUAGCAAUACAGCGUUACAGGGAUCCUGCUGCAGAAGAAAAGAUGAACCCAUUUGCUGAACAAGAAGCAUGGGAGGAUCAUCAGAUUGGCAAAGCAACUCUUAAAUUCGGGUCCAAGGAUAAAAAGCAAAAGCAUGAUGAUUACGAGUUUGUAUUUGAAGAUCAAAUAGAGUUCAUUAAGACAAAUGUGAUGGAUGGUGUAAAUAUUGAUCAAGAACUAUCUGUAGAGUCACCGGAAGCUUCUGCUGCCAAAACAGCAUUUGAAAAGCUACAAGUUCUUGUUAUUGUUGGAGAGACGGGUUCUGGAAAAACUACUCAGAUACCUCAGUACCUCCAUGAGGCAGGGUAUACUGCCCGAGGAAAGAUUGGAUGUACCCAGCCGAGAAGGGUUGCUGCUAUGAGUGUUGCUGCUCGAGUAUCUCAAGAAAUGGGAGUAAAACUCGGGCAUGAGGUUGGGUAUUCUAUCCGAUUUGAAGACUGUACUUCAGAUAAGACGGUUUUAAAAUAUAUGACCGAUGGAAUGUUGUUACGUGAAUUCCUUGGAGAACCUGACCUUGCAAGUUACAGUGUGGUGAUGGUGGAUGAGGCCCAUGAAAGAACGCUCUCAACAGAUAUUCUAUUUGGCUUGGUUAAGGAUAUCGCUCGGUUUCGUCCCGAUCUAAAACUGCUCAUCUCGAGUGCCACGCUCGAUGCAGAAAAAUUCAGCGAUUAUUUCGAUUCAGCUCCGAUUUUCAAAAUACCCGGGAGAAGAUUUCCAGUCGAAAUACAUUACACAAAAGCCCCUGAAGCUGAUUACCUCGACGCUGCUAUUGUUACUGCUCUUCAGAUUCACGUGACUCAGCCUCCCGGAGAUGGCGACAUUCUCGUUUUCUUAACGGGACAGGAGGAAAUCGAAACUGCUGAAGAGAUUCUCAAGCAUAGGACCCGAGGGCUAGGGACGAAAAUAGCCGAGCUCAUUAUAUGCCCUAUUUAUGCCAAUCUGCCUACAGAGCUUCAGGCCAAGAUAUUCGAACCCACUCCUGAAGGUGCACGUAAAGUAGUCCUGGCAACUAAUAUUGCCGAGACUUCUUUAACAAUUGACGGGAUUAAGUAUGUGAUCGAUCCUGGUUUUUCGAAAAUGAAGUCUUACAAUCCGAGGACUGGGAUGGAAUCUUUAUUAGUCACUCCAAUUUCGAAAGCAUCGGCCAAUCAGCGAGCGGGUAGAUCUGGAAGGACGGGUCCCGGAAAAUGCUUUCGACUGUAUACUGCUUAUAACUAUCAUCACGAUCUAGACGAUAAUACUGUUCCUGAAAUUCAAAGGACCAAUUUGGCGAAUGUUGUUCUUACUCUCAAGAGCCUCGGCAUUAAUGACUUACUGAACUUUGACUUCAUGGACCCUCCACCAUCUGAAGCUCUGCUGAAGGCUUUGGAGUUGCUUUAUGCUUUGAGUGCACUUAAUAAGCAUGGUGAGUUGACGAAAGUGGGUAGAAGGAUGGCUGAGUUUCCGCUUGAUCCUAUGCUGUCGAAGAUGAUUGUCGUGUCUGAGAAGUAUCAAUGCUCGGACGAGGUCAUAUCUAUUGCUGCAAUGCUUUCUAUUGGGAAUUCGAUCUUUUAUCGUCCUAAGGAUAAGCAGGUUCAUGCAGACAAUGCCCGUCUGAAUUUCCACACGGGAAAUGUUGGAGAUCAUAUUGCUUUGCUUAAGGUGUACAGCUCGUGGAAGGAAACCAAUUUUUCAACCCAAUGGUGCUAUGAGAAUUAUAUCCAGGUUAGAAGCAUGAAGAGAGCUAGAGAUAUACGUGAUCAACUAGAAGGGCUUUUGGAAAGAGUUGAAAUUGAAUUGACUUCCAAUCUGAAUGACUUGGACGCAAUUAAGAAAGCUAUAACAGCAGGGUUUUUUCCGCACUCUGCAAGGUUACAAAAGAAUGGGUCAUAUAGAACGGUCAAGCAUCCACAAACAGUUCAUAUCCACCCGAGCUCUGGCUUGGCACAGGUACUUCCAAGAUGGGUCGUGUACCACGAAUUGGUUUUAACAACUAAGGAGUACAUGCGUCAGGUGACAGAACUGAAACCAGAAUGGCUGGUAGAAAUAGCUCCACAUUAUUAUCAGUUGAAGGAUGUGGAAGAUUUGAAUUCGAAGAAAAUGCCACGUGGAGAGGGUAGGGCUGCUAAGGAUUGAGUUCAGACAAGUCUGUGUGUGCACAUUUUUUGUAGGGUUAUACUAAUUUCCGACCUUUUGUUGUAACUACAUUAUGGUGUAAGAUAUUUUUCUGUAAAUGUACAUAUUCGUGGCUGAUAAGUUUAAUAGGUUUCUAAUCACUUGAAAAGAGGGUUGAAAAAAAUGUUCAAUACACCAAACUUUUAAAUCCAUAAUCACCUUAAAUUUUAUUUUG